GGCCAGACGCGUCCCGGUGGCCAGCGAAGCGGCGGGCAGACGGGCUUCGGGCGUCCGCCUAGGCGAAGCAGCGGUGACGUCACCCGCGAACACUGUCGGGUGGAGAAUCGGGCUGGGAUUCCCCCCACGCGCAUCAGGCUGGACCCCAACACAGCAAACAGAGACCUGUCUUUUUCGGGGAGGAACAGGAAGGUGACAGAGGGGGAAGGGCAGCCAUAUCCUGAUCAUCCAGAGAGAUAUGACAUGUGCUCCCAAGUUCUAUGCAGAGAGGGUCUGACUGGCCGCUGUUACUGGGAGGCUGAGUGGGAUGGAGAUGAUGCCCGAAUAGGAAUGACUUAUAAAGGGAUCAGGAGGAAAGGAGACGGUGCUGACUGUGUGCUUGGAUGCAAUGACAAGUCAUGGAUUCUGUGCUGUGAUCCUGACUUUUACACUGUCCUGCAUAAUUAUAAAGAGAUUGACAUACCCAUAGAGCCCUCAAGCUGCCGCAGAGUAGGAGUGUAUCUGGACUGGGGGGCUGGUGCUCUGUCCUUCUACAGCGUCUCCUCUGAUGGACUGACCCUCCUGCACAGAUUCACCUCCUCAUUCACUGAGCCCCUCUAUCCAGGGUUUCUGGUUUCUGAAAACUCCUCAGUGUCACUUUGACAUGUUGCUGGUUCUCCUGGCAAAAAGGUAAAAUCUCUGCUUUUUAACCUGUAUAAUUCUUUUUACUCUGAAAUGUAUGUUUGACAAAAAUAAAUGUCUGUGUUCAACAAGCUGAAUAAACAAGAAAA